AUGUAUAUCGUUACUGGAUUCCUGCUAGGUACACCAGGUCAGUUGAUUAAUGAUGCUGUAUUGGACACCGGAUCUUCUGAUUUGGUUGUAUCGAAGUCAACAUUCAAUCCUAAAAAAUCCAAAAGUCUAAAGUUUACAGGAGUGAAUGCAGACACUGGCUACUACACAACCAAUACAAUUAAGCUUCAGCAAGUAGUGGACGUUGUUAAAACUAAGGACUGGAGUGUUGGGAAACUAAAAUUCGGAUAUACGUCAGAAAGUUAUCUCGAUUCAUAUUUCGGAAUAGUAGGUGUUGGAUAUGAUACUGACGAAGCUUUCGACAAAUAUGAAAAUCUACCCGUUAGGUUAAAAAGUACAGGUGUUACACAUACUAAUAUCUACAGUAUAUACGGAAAAGGGCUGAGUCCCUCAAUCACUUUCGGGGGUGUUGACACUUCAGUGUAUGAAGCUCCACUUAUUAAGACUCCAGUCGCUCUUGAGAUGGGCCCCAAUGCCACAAGAAAGUAUUACAACGUGUUAGCAGUGACUGUGAACUCAGCAAAACUUAACGGCAUUAUUAUCUCAAAUGAGAGAUUAAUCUAUGCUAUUGACUCAGGUUCUAACGUAUUUGCAAGUUCGCAGCCAAUAAUAGAUAACAUUUGCACAUUACUAGGAGAUUUCAAAGUCUAUAAUGAUACCAAAUAUUUCUUAUAUUCCACUGUCAAGGCAAAUAGCUUAUCCUUCGACAUAACUGGAUUUAUAAUAUCUAUUCCAAUGCUCGAAAUUGUUGAUGAUAUUAAAGUGGUUGAUAAUAAGAAAUAUGCUAGUCUCAGAAUGUACCCAGUCGAAAUCGGUACUGAUAGCUAUGAAGGAGCGUUACCUAACGCAGUACUUAAAUAUUAUUACACGGUUUAUGACUUAGAAGCCAAUAGUAUCUUUUUUGCUCCUUACAAAAAAGAUCCUACGCUGUCGAGUCCAAGAGCCAUUUUGGAUGCAAAUUCGUAUCCCAUAGCAACACAGAAUGCUCCGAAUUAUGAAAAAACAUAUACUUCAUUUUACCAAAAUAAAUACGAAACUACAAUUGGGACAACCACCUCAGCAUCUUCCAGUACCAAAGUGUGUCAUUCCAAACGUAAAGUUUAG